AUGGCGGCUACCGCCCGCCGAGAGAUCGACACGGGCGAGGAGGAUAUAGCUGCCAUCGCCAAACAGAUAUCUGACCAUGCGGAAGCUAUAUAUCAGACUUGGAAAGCGCGCGGCCUUGCGCCCACGGAGAUUCUGACGUGCAGGCCCACGCCCGGCCUCAAGCUGGCUGAGAGCUUAAGGACUAAGCCGAAACCCGAACCUAAGCCUGAAAUAAAACAGCGUCCUGAGUUUCGUAGAGAUAGGCCAGAGCUUCAAGAGCAGCGGUCUGAGAUGAGAGCUGAGCAAAGACCGGAACAGAGACGUGAUCUUCGUCUGAAUUCUGAAAACGAGACCCUAGAAGUUACACUACCACCAGAUUUGGUACCGGAGCGUAAUGGAACUGGGUCUGGAGCUAAUGCCAGACGAGCUGAUGUCGCUGCAAUGAGGCUUGAAGUAGCUCGAGAAGAAGAGAGACUUCUUCGAGCAUUGCGAACAGGAGGUGUUGUCGCUGAGCGUCCAGCAGAAAGGCCUGACGUCGUCCCCCCGGUUUCACUUGUCGACUAUGCUAAAAGUCGAUAUCAAGAUAGAUUAGAUACUGGAGCUAGAAAACCAGCAGCAGGGGCUAGUGGAGAAAGGAGAGCUUCGUUUGGUUCUCACGUAACCGAAGCUAGAUCUAAAUUCGAGGCACGAGCUCGUCGCGCAUCUAGUGCUGGCGCUGGGGAAGCUGCAUCGUCACAAGGUGCUACCCCUGUUCGUCCUUUCUUAACGCGCGGCUCUGUCGCCGAGCGUGUGCUUAUGUUUGAACGAUGUCCGAGUGAAGCGACACUGGAAUUAGCUAAAAGAAAAUCUCCAGCAGCCACUACGUGGAGAGGACCACACGAUGUAAUUAUCAGAGCACAGGUAAGAUCAAUUUCUAAGUGUUUGCCAAACUACGCAGCGUCAACUCCCCCAAAGCCAUCAUCAGCGCCAGCGCACACGACUCUCCAGCGGUCAGUGCGGGCGGCGGGCCCUUCGCGAGUCAUACCACGCUUCCAUUUUCCUAAAGGGCGGCCGCCGCCCGCCCAUCAGCAAGAUCACGCGCUACAUAAAGUACAGUCGGCGUUCGCGACGUUCCCUAACAGCCAGGUGCCAAGGGAAAGCUUCAAGCACAUCGUGAAAGCGUGCGAAUGUCCACUCUAUUGGAAGAUGCCAUUGUUCCUGGCCACACAACAGAAUCUCAACGCCGCAGUCGAUGGUCACAAGUUUAUUGAUUUUUGGAGAGAAAUGACAACACAAUGUCAUGACCAGGCGUCACGUUUCGUAUAUAUCCUUACCCGAGGGAAGAGCAACACACUGACACCAGAGGACUUCGUGCCUCUCGUCCAGGAUGUUGUCGACACUCACCCUGGAUUAUCUUUUUUGAAAGAGGCCACUGAGUUCCAUUCUCGCUAUGUUCAUACUGUGAUCGCUAGGAUAUUUUACUGUGUCAACCGGUCUUGGUCCGGAAGAAUAUCGAUACCGGAACUGAGGAGAUCUAAUCUGCUCCAAGUUAUACAGCUCUUGGAAGACGAGGAAGACAUCAAUCAAGUUACGCAAUACUUUAGUUACGAGCACUUCUACGUCAUCUACUGCAAGUUUUGGGAAUUGGAUAAAGAUCAUGAUCUGUUUAUUGACAAACAUGACCUUGCGAGGCAUAAUGACCACGCCCUAUCAAGCCGUAUGAUCGAACGCGUAUUAUCCGGAUGUGUUACGCGCGGCAACCAGAACCGAUUGACCCCAGACGGAGAGCCUCGGAUGUCUUAUACGGAGUUUGUAUGGUUCCUACUCGCUGAGGAAGACAAGACACAUCCCACCGCUAUCGAAUAUUGGUUUAGAUGCAUGGAUUUGGACGGUGACGGCUUCAUCUCUAUGUACGAGUUGGAGUACUUCUAUGAGGAACAAAUGCAAAGGAUGGAAGCCAUAGGCAUUGAGACUUUGCCGUUUAAUGACUGCUUAUGUCAGAUGUUAGAUAUGGUCCAUCCAUCUCAAGAUGGCAAGAUAACUCUGUCCGAUCUGAAGAAAUGCAAGCUUACACCAAUUUUCUUUGACACCUUCUUCAACUUGGAGAAGUAUCUCGACCACGAGCAGCGGGAUCCGUUCGCUACGCAACGUGAUUCAGACUCAGAGAUGUCAGAAUGGGACAGAUUCGCUGCUGAAGAAUACGAACUUCUAGUGGCCGAGGAAGGAGGCAGCGAUGCACAGGACCAAAUCUCAUACGAUGAAACAGAUGAAGACUGUUUAUCGCCUAAUCUAGAUGAAGUUACGAACACUGAGGUAGUUGAAGAUUCAAGCGUUGAAGAAUCAACAUUAAGUGAGGGACUUUCUAACAUAGCUGCCCGAGCCAAAGAGACAACAGGGGUCGCGGCUGGCCCGCGGACCGUUACAGCUCAACCUGCCUCCGGUUUUGUAAACCUUAGCUCUAUAUACUCAAUUGGCAAUAACGAUAAAUGGACGAAUCAAAAUAAAAACGUAACUCCAGAAAGAAGAGGAGAAAAACCCAUCCCACCCGAAAAGCCAGUGAGCUUAAUGAUGAUGAAUGGCAAAAUGGAAAAUCGAUACGGAAAUUUUGGCAAUAACAGCUUUCUGUAUUCACAACUUCUAAACGCCGGUAAUGGAGGAGCACGUGCGAAAGAUCCACCUUCGUAUACCGCAGCGACCAGUGGAAUGCUUCACGAUAAAAAUAGUGAAGACAAAAAAACAGUAACAUCACCAAGUAAAGUCAAAUCGCCCUUAACAAGUCCAGUUAACGGUAUCAGUAAGAUAUCUGACAAUUAUGAACGAGCAGUGGCAGAAAGGCUGAGCCCUCAAAGAGAGAUAUCCAGGCUGAAUCGCAGCAGUCUUUUUAGUAAGGUUAACACUGGAAUCGUAUCUAGUAAAGUAAAAAAAAACCGUAAUCAGGAAGAAGAGGAUGAGGACUACGCACGAGAUAGCGACGAGUGUUCCAUUUAGACCUUACUGAACAAUUUGUGCCCAGUGCAGUGAAUGGAACUGUAUUAGUAGAUCGCUAAUGAUCAACCUGAAGGGUAAUUUUGGUUUGGUGAUAACUUCACCAAUGAAGACGUUACAAUGUUGUGUUUAUCAGAGAAAUAUUUUUCCAGCGUAUCUUAAAUUCGAUACGUGCCUUGUGACUGUAGAACAAUAGACACACGUGUAUGUAUUUAAACGUAGAGUUAGAAGUUAUAGUUAAAAGUGCGUUAUUCUUCGUGAACUGUUUUAGAGAGUGAACGGUGUGUUUUAACAUCGCUUAUGUUAGUUUCAGCAUUUUACUAGUAUUAUGAACAUUCAACAGUGUUAUUUUAAUUGUGUAUUUACGGUAGCGUAUAAUAAGCAUAUCAAAUUAAAAGCGUAGUUCAGUUAUACAUACUUAAAUGAAGAACAAUGAAUACAAAAAAAGAUGGCGUGAGUUGCUACAAUAAUAUUUUUCAUUUACCAUAAACGUGUAGAUAGGUAUUUUUAAUAAAGGCUUCUAGUUUCAUAACGCU